CUCCUCCAUCAGUCCGCCGCCGUGCUCCGCUCCUGCUGCCAGUCGCUCUCACCUCCUCCCCGGCUUAGUUAUCUGGGAGCCCCGCUGGUCUUCUGAGUGUGUGGAGCUUCAGGCUGGAAAUGAGUCCCAGGUCCUGGAGCUGCUGGUGGUUCUGCUGGUUCCUGCUGAGCCCGGUUCUUCUCACCGGGGCUCUGGAGCUGGAGGAGCUGUUCCAGUUCGGAGAAGAAGCCGGAGACCUCCAGCUUGCUCCCGGGUCAGACUCCACCGCAGAGCUGCUGCUGAACCGCUCCGUGAUCUUCUUCAGUGAGGAGUCCAGUAAAGUCCAUAUUAACACCAAUGGAUUCGUUGCUCUUGCCGAGCCUCCGGCUCAGCAGGAGUACCUGGGGCAGAUGCCCAGCGGUUUCAAAAUGAUCGCGGCACUGUUGGGAGACCUGGACAACAGCGACGGACACGGUAAAGUUUAUUACAGGCAGGACAGCAGCCCGGAUGUGCUUAAUCAAGCAGCUGAACACAUUCGACGGGCUUUUCCCAGCGGCAAGGGAGUGGAGCCCACCAGCGCCCUCAUCGUCACCUGGGAGAGCAUGGCCGCCCGGGGCACAUCUGGACGGGGGGAUGGACUGGAUGCUAAGAGAAACACCUUCCAGCUGGCCUUAGUCUCCAUGGAGUUAUCCUCUUACGCCAUCCUGUUGUACCCCAGAGACGGCCUGCAGUUCUUCUCCACAUCGGUAGAGGGAGAAAGUAAGCUGCUGGAGGCUGGCUUCAGUGAAGGGAUCGUGUCCGGAUGGUUCUGGAACACCAAACAGGGAACGUAUUUCCGCACGACCACCGACGAUGAGAUCUCGAUCAGGGAACUUACCAAAAAGACAAACGCAGCUCAGAAUGGAGUUUGGGUUUAUAAAAUCGGUGCCAACAUCACACCAGGGAUGGUCACUCGCUCUCCUGAGGACAACGAUACUACCGUACCUCCUGCCUCCUCCAUUACCUAUGAAACUUACACAACAAUGACCCCUGAAACAGCUCCAGAAGAAAUAGAGACGCUUCCAACUGUGCUUCCCAGUGAGCACCAUCUCAGGUACACAGAAGCUGAAGAUGUCACACCGACACACAUCAUACUAGGUACUGAAGAUCCAGAAUAUGAAGAACCUGACCAAGAAUUCCCUGAAUCAGAGACUGUUGCACCAACAUCCACCAACACUGAAAGGGUUCAUCCAAGAUAUCCAGAUCCACUUGAGACAAGCUACCCUGAUGAAACUAAGACCAGAUAUCCCAUCCCUGAAAUCUCACAACCGAGAUACACCAGUCCUGAACCCAGUGAACCUAGAUACUCUCCAGUUGAACCACGGUACACCAACCCUGAUCCUGCUGAACCACGGUACACCAACCCUGAUCCGGCUGAACCACGGUACACCAACCCUGAUCCGGCUGAACCACGGUACACCAACCCUGAUCCUGCUGAACCACGGUACACCAACCCUGAUCCGGCUGAACCACGGUACACCAACCCUGAUCCUGCUGAACCACGGUACACCAACCCUGAUCCUGCUGAACCACGGUACACCAACCCUGAUCCUGCUGAACCACGGUACACCAACCCUGGUCCUGUUCAACUGGUACCACCGCAUUCCCAUCCCCAGCACCCCCAGAUUGUUGUAGUAGAUGAGGAUGAGACUCUGAAUGUGAACGUAUUUGCGUACAAUUUGGAGACGUGUGCAAACAACAGGCACAAAUGCUCGGCUUUUGCUGACUGCCGGGAUUACAGCCAAGGAUACUGCUGCCACUGUAGGCCUGGUUUCUAUGGCAAUGGGAGGGAUUGUGUUGCAGAAGGAAAACCUCAAAGGAUGAACGGAAAGGUGAAUGGUCGAGUGUUUGUGGGGAACUCUCCCUUACCAGUGGAGUUUGGGAACAAUGAUUUACACUCCUAUGUGGUAGCCAAUGAUGGACGAGCUUAUGUGGCUAUCAGCAACAUCAACGGCACCGUGGGCCCCUCCCUGCAGCCGCUGUCCUCCCUGGGGGGAGUCAUCGGGUGGGCCUUCGCCUUGGAGCAGCCUGGUUACCAGAACGGCUUCAGUCUAACUGGUGGCGUGUUUUCACGGCAGGCAGAGGUGAUCUUUCAGCCCGGCAAUGAGCGUCUCAGCAUCAAGCAGCAUUUUAAAGGGAUUGAUGAACACGACCACCUGGUGGUGAGCACCGAGCUGGAGGGACGUCUGCCGGCCAUCCCACCAGGAUACUCUGUCCAGAUCAGCCCGUACAAGGAGAUGUACCAGUACGACAGAAGCCUGAUCACUUCCUCCUCCAACCAGGACUACGUCAUCACUUCCCCUGAUGGCGACGUCCAGACCAGGAGCUACCAGUGGCGUCAGACCAUCACCUUCCAGAGCUGCCCACAUGAUGAGAGCAGCAGACCAGACCAGUCCACCCAGCAGCUCAGCGUCGACCAGAUAUUCGUCAUGUUUGAUGCCGACAACAACCUGAUCCGCUACGCCAUGAGCAACAAGAUCGGCUCCAUCCACAGCGGUCCCCCAGAGCAGAAUCCAUGUUUUACUGGUCGACACGGCUGUGACAUCAACGCCGUGUGCAGACCGGGUGAAGAUCUCCAGUUCAGCUGUGAAUGUGUGACUGGUUUUUCUGGAGAUGGACGCUACUGCCAUGAUAUUGAUGAGUGCCAGGCAGGUCUCCAGGUGUGUGGACAGAAUGCUGUGUGCAGGAAUCAGCCUGGAAGCUUCAGCUGUGAAUGCUCUGCUGGCUUUGUGUUCGCCAGCGACGGAAAGACCUGCAUCGCAGAGAACCGUCCGGUGGAUCACUGCCAGAGAGGAAGUCAUGACUGUGAUGUUCCUCAGAGAGCUCUCUGCAGCUACACCGGAGGUUCGGCCUUCGUCUGCUCCUGUCUGCCGGGGUUUACGGGUGACGGCCGGGUGUGUCGAGAUGUAGAUGAGUGUCAGCAGGACCGAUGCCACCGUGAUGCCUCCUGCUCCAACACACAGGGCUCCUACACCUGCCGCUGUGCUCCUGGUUUCCAUGGAGACGGCUUCCAGUGCAGCCCCUCAGAGCCCGAGCAGACCCAGUGUGAACGCCAUCGACAGAGUUCCCAGCCGGCUCCGUCCUCCGGCUCCGGCUUCUUCUCCUUCUUCCGUCCUCGGCCGGCCGUCGGUCAGUACGUCCCCCAGUGUGACGAACACGGAGCCUACAGACCCACUCAGUGCCACCAGAGCAUCGGGCAGUGCUGGUGUGUGGACGCCAAUGGCCAGGAGAUCCCCAACACCCGAACCGGACCCGGCAGCACGCCUCUGUGUAUUGACCACACUGUAACUCCUCCUCCCAUUGGUCCGACCCCACGGCCGAGUGUCCAUCCCAUCGCUCCUGGAACACACCUGCUGUUUGCUCAGAGUGGGAAGAUCGAACACCUGCCGCUGGACGGAUACAGGAUGAAGAAGGAGGAGGCCAAACCUCUGCUGCACAUCCCAGACCGGGUGGUGAUUGGUGUAGCCUACGACUGUGUGGAGAAGAUGGUUUACUGGACAGACAUUACUGGACCGGCCAUCAGCAAGGCCCGUCUGAGUGGAGGAGACAUCAUCCCGGUCAUCACCAAAGAGCUGGAGAGUCCUGAAGGCAUCGCCAUCGACCAGGUCUCCCGUCUCCUCUUCUGGACCGACUCUAUGCGAGACACCAUAGAAGUGUCCAAGUUGGACGGCAGCCACCGGCGGGUCCUGUUUGACACCGACCUGGUGAACCCUCGACCCAUCAUCACAAACUCCGCAUACGGGCGGCUGUACUGGGCAGACUGGAACAGAGACGGGCCUAAGAUUGAGAUGUCCAACAUGGACGGGACGGAGCGGACAGUCCUGGUCAAGGACGACCUGGGCCUUCCCAAUGGUCUGACCUUCAACUCUGUGGACCAGCAGCUGUGCUGGGCCGAUGCAGGAACUCGGAAGGUGGAGUGCAUGGACCCUCACCGCCGGCUGAGGAGGCAGAUAGUUGAGGGGAUCCAGUAUCCCUUUGCUCUGGUCUCCUUUGGAAGGAACCUCUACUACACCGACUGGAGGAGGGAGGCAGUAGUGGCCGUGGACCGUUACUCUGAGAGGGAAACAGAAGAGUUCCUGCCUCAGAAACGUUCUCGGGUCUACGGCAUCACCACGACGCCGAUACGGUGUCCUCAAGUCUUUAACUACUGCUCCAACAACGCCGGCUGUUCUCACCUGUGUCUGCCGCGGCUCGGAGGCUUCACCUGUCGCUGUCCGGACGCUGCUGACGGUCGGUGUGAGGAGAGGAACCCCUGAGCUGCUGCUGGAGAUAAAACACAACACAACUAACGGAUCUCUUUGUGUUUUCUACUUUUCUUACUUGAAGUGAACGUUUCUACAAUCAUUUAGAGUCUGGUGCUUAAACCGCUCUGGAUAUACGACAUCAUGAUUUCACUGCUGGAGCGGCUGACUCCAGAUCAGGUUUUAUCUGCUUCUAGUCUCCUUCUUUAGGAGUUCAGUCCAAAAUAAUAAUAAAAAAAGACAGAUGACAGAUUUUCUCCAGACAGCAGGUGACUGACCAGGUGAGACGUUUUUUAAAAAGGUACUGAAUGGUUCAGGUUUUGUUUAUAGCUUUUAUUUUUAACUCGUCUUUUCUAACAUUUCCGACAGAUUUGUGUGAGAAACACAAAUGUUUGACGUGUAGAGAAAUGCCUUAAAGGUUUGUGAGAACGUCUUUUUGUUGUUUAGUUCAGCAGGAUGUUCUGUUCAGGUUAAAAUGAAGUCUUUCAACCACAUCUCUUGACUUGAUCAGAACUCCAUGUCAUGACUUGUUGACAAUUCCACCAAACAAACGGUGCUUAAAGUGGUUCUACUUCAGACAGAUCUAUGUGACUCACUUCUGUUUAAUAACGGAUGAUAAACCACUAACAGCUGUGAUCACAGAUGACACUCUUCCUGUUUCAUUGGUGAACAUUAAUGAGAACAAUCUCACCAAACACCAAGAUUAGAUGAUCUGCUAUGAGUAAAUGUUUUUCUUGUUAUCAGUAUAAAUGUAUUCUAUAGUUUAGCAUUCCUACAUGAUCAGAUUAUAACUGUUUUUUAUAGUUGCUUUCUCUGCUUUUUGGAGGUUAAUAGAACCACUGGGCAGGUCUGAAGGCUUUUAAAGACUUACAGGAUUCAUUUAGUGUUUAUUCUAAAACCUGCAGUGUAUUUUUGAUAUGAACUUGUAAAUAAUUACCUGAUAUUCUCAGACUGUUUUAAAUGGUGCUAAUGUUUUCCUGAAACCUACAUGAUGAUGAUGAUGAUGAGUGCAGAUCACAUUUGUUUUACAGAGAUGAUUCGUCUCCAUCACUGGUACAAAUCAUCAACAGUGAAAGUACAGACACAACUAUUCUAACGCUUCUGAAGCCAUAUUUCUAAUCAUCGGGUAUGGAAGACACUCACUGCUACGAUUAAAAUGAAAAGUUUUCAUCAAACAGAAUCAGAUGGUUUUGGUCAUAAAUCAACAAUCUCAACAAGGACUGUUUAGUUUCCAUGAGAAAUCAGAAAAAAUGCAGUUUUUCUUUUAGUACUCAUAGUACACUGAAAACUUUCAUUUAAAUUGAAAUAAAAUUACAAAAAGUAAAACAAACAUUUUUCAAUCAUUUCAUGUUAAUAUUGCUUCCAAAGCUCUGUCAUAAAUAAAAAUACUUCCAUCCUCUGCACCAAAACAAACACUGCGUUGUACCGUAAAGUCCAGAUGUUCUGUUUUAGAUCGAAAAACUCAAAACCUCAACCAAUAUCAGAUAGUAAAGUCAAAAACAAUAUUUAGUUUUAUAAAUAUAUUGAGACUAUCAUCUUGAAUAUGUUCUUUUUUGUUGUUUUUUGUUUUAUUUUUCAAACCCUAAAAAUCCAUGUUAGUCAAGAAAUAUUUAAAUUUGGUCAUUGAUCAGAAAUAUUGACUAAGACAUAGGUCAGUGUUCUCCUUCACAUGACAGAAUUCAUCGUUCCUUUGCUCAUGUUUUCAUUGGAUUUUUGGUCUCUUAAUAUUCUCUGUUUUAUUUCUCCAGUACUUACAGACUCCAUCAGUGAUCUUAGUCUCUGUUUAAUCAGAUCUGGCAACAUGUUAGGAAACUAUUAGAGAACUUUCAACCUAAAACACAGGAAAAAAAAACAAUGAAAAGAUUUGUAAAUGGCUGAUAGAUGGAGUUCUGUGACUCUAGAGCUGCUCACUUGAAGUCAAAUAUUGUCCAGAUUAUGAUGUCAUAUUGUUCAGUUCUUAGCCACAGUUACAGCUCAGUUGUUCACAGCAGGACAUUGCUGAGUGUUGUUGUAGGGACCUACAGGCUGGUUUUAUGUUUUCUGAGCAUCAUGUCAGGUUACAGAGCUGAUCCAGGAGCUACAAGGAGCUACUUCAUGCGUUAACUGACCGUCUGCCAAAGAGGUAACACAAACAGUCUGUACAGCCUCAAUAAAACUGUUUUUUUCAGUA